AAGAAGAGCCGAGAACUCCUCUAAACUCCUCUUUGUGGACGCAAAAUUUCCCCUUUGAAAUUCUUUCCUCACCCCAAACCCUUUGUUUUUCACCAGGAAAAGAAUAUGAUUUUGAAUACCCAUUUAUAGGUUUAGUGUUACUUCUCAUUCAAAACCAUGUCUUUGCGAAUAAAAGCGGUGGUCGACAAGUUCGUGCAGGAGCUGAAGGAGGCUUUGGAUGCAGACAUACAAGACAGGAUUAUGAAGGAGAGAGAGAUGCAGAGUUACAUUGAAGAACGUGAACGUGAAGUCGCCGAACGUGAAGCCGCUUGGAAGGCCGAGCUUUCUCGUCGUGAGGCUGAGAUUGCUAGACAAGAAGCAAGGUUGAAGAUGGAGAAAGAAAAUCUGGAGAAAGAGAAAAGUGUCCUUAUGGGAACUGCAUCAAACCAAGAUAACCAAGAUGGAGCUCUUGAGAUUACUGUAAGUGGAGAAAAGUAUCGAUGCCUCAGGUUUGCAAAAGCGAAGAAAUGAGGCUUUACACCAAGGGAGUAGUAACAAGGAUAGAUUUCAUGAUUCUCUGCAACUAUGUAUUUUCUUGAUCUUCAUUGCCCAACUUUCUAUUCAUUCAAAUGCAUAAAUAUGUAAAUUUAUGUAUGCAAUUCAAUUAUAGUAGAAUUGAUGAUGUCCUUGGGUACAAAUUGAUUCAAUCAAGAAAGAAGGCAUGUAUGAUUAAUGAAAUUGAAUGGAGUAUUAUGAUCCAUCUUUUAAUUGUCUAA